AUGGCAAAACAACAGAAAAAAUUAGCUGAUGAAAUAGAGAAAGUGUUGGAGAAGUCUAAAGGGUUUUCCCUUAAGGAUCUGCUGUUCUUCUAUCAGGGAACCCCAUACCCUGUCACUGUAUGCAGUGCAGAGACAUUCCAGGCCCUGGAAAACUUAGAAGCCAGAAGAGAUGAUAUGGUGUUGGUGUCUUACCCCAAAUGCGGUGCAAAUUGGCUUAUCCAGCUCUUAAAUGAUUUGAUAUUUACAACUUCCCAGACUAAACAUAUAAACACAGAACUGCCAUUUAUUGAAUGUGGAGAUCCAGAAAAAUAUCAGAGGAUGAAACAGUUUCCAUCUCCAAGGAUUUUGGCAACACACCUCCAUUAUGAUAAUCUCCCCAAGUCUAUCUUCAAGAAUAAAGCCAAGAUACUAGUGUUGUUUCGAAAUCCUAAAGAUACAGCUGCAUCGUUUUUCCAUUUCUAUAACAACGCCACAGAGGUCCCCAGUUAUAACUCCUGGGAUGAGUUCUUCUCCGAGUUCAUGAGUGGAAAAGUCAGCUGGGGUUCCUAUUUUGACCACGCAGUCACCUGGAACAAACACAUCGAGGAUGAAAAUGUUAUGAUCAUAACAUAUGAAGACCUGAAAGAGAACCUGGCUUCUGGAGUGAAGCAAAUAGCUGAAUUCUACGGAUUCUCUCCAACGGCAGAGCAAAUUCAGUUUAUUGUGGACAGGGGAAGCUUCCAAGCAAUGAGAGAAAAAUCCCAGGAGAUCUAUGGCUCAGUUGGUCCGAUUCUCUUCCGUAAAGGUGCUGUUGGAGAUUGGAAGAACCUUUUUACUGAAGCUCAAAGCCAGGAAAUGGAUGCUAAAUUUAAAGAGUGUUUAGGGGGAACCAAGCUGGAAGCAAAUCUGAAGUAUGAUGUGCACUGCAAGGCCUGAGAAUGGUUACAGAAAAGUCUCACUUCGAUAUGAGCUUUUUAAUUUUUUUAUAUAUACUCUAAAAGGAAUACUUUAAAUCAGGAUGAAUAUCUCAGUUGUAAUUUGUAGCUUGUUAGUGUAAGAUUACAGUUCUGCUAAGUUUAGUUCUGUCAUAUCAGCAGCAUGCAGGCUUCAGUUCGGUAAA